CUGCGGAGAACUUGAAGGCAACCAUCGAUUCUUUCCCCGAGCGCCAACGCACCCUGGGACAUUGACGAAUCCUUUUCUUCCACCUCACUCUCCCUUUUUACUUUUUUUCUUUUUCCCCUCCUCUCUUUUUCUUUUUUGUUCUUUCUCUCCUAUUUGUCCCAUCCUCUCAUUCUUAGAUAAUUCGAUGUUUAAAAAUCCCUACUCACUACUUCCACUUUUUCUUCGCAAUCCCGUGCUAGCUUCCACGAAGCGAGGACAUUCUAUAUCAGGCGAUCUGACAACCCUAUAGAUCGUAUCGGUUGGGGAUUUAUAAUCGGUGAUAUUUCACCCUGGGGCUCGUCAGUUUGGUCCCGCCAACCAGAGAGUCAUGGCGUCGCAGGAAUUAGAAAGAGAAAAAGUUGAGUUGAAGGAGGAGGGCGCGAUUGAGGCAGCUGAACUGGCUCAUGACCCUCAGGCCGCCGCGGCUGCUGAGCAAGUGUUGGUGGAUGAAACCAGGAAAGCUGGACUGCCAGCUUAUCAAUUUGACCCCAAUGCGACUCCUGAAGAAAAAGCGGAAGCGGCAGCAGCGCGACUACCUCCAGGCCUUAAACAUGAGAAGAAGCCGCAAGGCAUGGCGAUCAUCACAGACAAGGAUGAUGGCACUCCCGACCAAUACGACCUCCCUCCCCCGAAGUCCGCAACAACCUUACUUGAUGAACAGAAGAAAGAGACUGUCCAAGGGACAGAGGGAGAAAACGGCAUGACAGAGGAUCUGCGAUGGGCGCGAGACAGAACCGGCUGGGCUCCUCGGUUCCACGAGGAGCCAACGGAAGAAGACAAAGCAGAAGGGACCUUAUUGGAUCACCAGGACUUUUUAGAAGGAAGAUUAGACGAUAAGUUUUUCGGCGACUGGUAUCACAAUGCCGCCGUCAUCGUCUUUGCUUGCUUAUCCUCUUGGAUCAUCGCGAUACUGGGCGGGGGCUUGGGCUGGAUUUUCAUCCUAAUGGCGGCCUGCAGCACAUACUACCGAACAUCGAUCCGUCGGGUUAGGCGAAACUUCCGAGACGACAUCAAUCGCGAGAUGGCGAAGCAACGGUUGGAGACCGAUACUGAAAGCCUGGAGUGGAUCAACAGCUUCUUGGUUAAAUUCUGGCCUAUAUACGCGCCUGUUUUAUGUGAUACGAUUAUCAACUCAGUCGACCAGGUCCUGAGCACCUCAACACCGGCAAUGCUCGACAGUCUCCGGCUGAAAACUUUUAUUCUUGGCUCCAAGCCUCCACGAUUGGAACACGUGAAGACUUAUCCGAAAACGGAGGUUGAUACAGUUAUUAUGGAUUGGAAAUUCAGUUUCACGCCUAAUGAUACUAUGGACCUGACAGCUCGUCAGUUGAAGAAUAAGAUCAACCCCAAGGUCGUUUUGGAAGUCAGGUUAGGAAAGGGUGUUGUCAGCAAGGGAUUAGAUGUAAUUGUCGAGGAUAUGGCUUGCAGCGGCUUGAUGAGGGUGAAGGUGAAGCUCCAAGUUCCCUUCCCCCACAUCGAACGGGUUGAUGUCUGUUUCUUGGAGCGCCCGGAGCUUGACUAUGUUUGCAAGCCCCUGGGUGGGGAUACUCUGGGAUUCGACAUCAACUUCAUCCCUGGCCUGGAAACCUUCAUCAAGGAACAAAUUCACAACAAUCUCGGCCCCAUGAUGUACAGCCCCAAUGUCUUUCCGGUUGAGAUUGCGAAAAUGCUGGCCGGAAAUCCAGUGGAUCAAGCAAUUGGUGUUGUUGCUGUUACGCUUCAUGGUGCUCACCAGCUGAAGAAUCCGGACGCAUUUUCUGGCACUCCUGAUCCGUACGCAACCGUCUCAUUGAACGGCCGCACAGAACUUGGACGCACAAAGACCAUUCAUGACACAGAUAGCCCAAGGUGGAAUGAAACGGUGUAUGUUAUAAUUACAUCGUUCUCAGAUACCUUAACCAUCCAACCAUACGACUGGAACGAGUUCCGAAAGGACAAGGAACUGGGUACUGCAACUUUCCCCUUGGACCGCCUUGAAGAGCAGCCAGAGCACGAGAGCAUCUACUUGGAGGUUAUGGCUAGCGGCCGAUCCCGCGGUUCGAUUCAUGCGGAUAUCCGUUUCUUCCCGGUUUUGGAAGGACGAACCCUUGAAAACGGCGAGGUCGAGCAGGCACCUGAGUUGAACACGGGUAUCGCUCGCUUCACAGUCGAACAAGCCAAGGAUCUGGAUGGUACAAAGAGUCUUGUCGGUCAGCUAAACCCCUACGGUGUUCUCAUUUUGAAUGGAAAGGAGAUCCAUAUCACGAAAAAACUGAAGCGGACCAACAACCCUAUCUUCCAAAAUGCUUCUAAGGAAUUUUUGGUCACUGAUAGAAAGAAUGCGCGACUCGGCUUGGUAAUCAAGGACGACCGCGACCUUGCCAGAGACCCCAUCUUGGGUACAUACCAGAUCAAGUUCAACGAUAUGCUCAAAAUGAUGGAAAGAGGCCAGGAUUGGUUCCACCUUCAUGGCGCGAAGUCGGGACGUGCCAAACUCACUUUACAGUGGAAGCCAGUUGCCGUUGGUGGCAUCUCGGGCAGUGCCGGUUAUGUUGAUCCAAUUGGCGUCAUGCGCUUCCAUUUUAAGAGUGCAACUGAUCUCCGGAAUUUGGAAACAAUGGGCAAGUCUGACCCGUAUGCACGUGUGCUACUCUCUGGAUACAUGAAAGCUCGGACAGUGACGUUUAGAAACAACCUUAAUCCUGAAUGGGAUGAGGUGGUCUACGUUCCUAUCCAUAGUGCUCGUGAAAAGCUCACCCUGGAAGUCAUGGAUGAAGAAUCUAUGAACGCCGACCGAUCACUGGGGUCCUUUGAAAUCAACGCUGCAGACUACGUCCGUGAGAAUGAGAACGGAGAGUACCUAAUUGACGAUGAGAAACAGCAUAUCUCGAGUAGUCUUCACAUCGGUCAUGGUCGAGUGAAGGGAAGUCUCAACUACACUGUUGCAUUUUACCCUACUGUGCCCGUUGUCAACCCAGAUGAUGAAGUCGAAGAGGAUGAUCUGACAGAAGGCGCUGACAAUGACGAGGAGGGAAGCGAUCAAACUCGGAAGAGCGUUGACUCUAGGCGCAAGAUCUCACAUACAAAGUCGCCCAGCACGGACUCCAAGGCUGCCUCGACGAAUGGCACGAAUGGUACAGCGGAGCCCAAGACUAGCCUCGACUCUACUAGGCCCGCCACCACUAAAGACUCAGAAACAAUGUCUGUCAAAUCCAUUAAGGAAGUGCCCAAAACUUAUAUUGCUGCGGAAGAUCUUUCACAAUACGAGUCUGGUUUCUUGGUGUUCAAGUUCCACGAGGUCCAGCUUUCCCGCAGCAAUGUACAGGUGGAAGUCCUCAUGGAUGACUACAUGUUCCCCGCGUAUACAUCACCUAAGGUCCGCUCUAAAUCCGCCAAGAUUGAAGAUAUUGGCGAUGCCUUCGUGCGUGAGCUCGAGUUUUCGAAGAUUACGCUCCGAAUUGUAGACAAGGAGGAUCCUAAGGCGAACAGUGAUGAGCAUACAAUUGCAAAACUGACCGGUGACACGCUCUCUACUUUACACCGCAUUUUGUAUACUCCAACUGAACUCAUUCUGCGAUCGGACAGUGGUGAAGUAAACAAGGUCAUUGUUAGUGCUCGGUAUAUCCCUGUCCACAUGAAACUCGACCCGGUGGAAAGUAUCAACAACAUGGGAACCUUACGAGUGGAUGUCCUUGAUGCUGCUGAACUCCCAUCCGCCGAUCGCAAUGGAUUCAGUGACCCAUACUGUAAAUUCCGUCUCAAUGACGAAAUGAUAUUCAAGACCAAAGUGCAGAAGAAGACCCUUCACCCAGCCUGGAAUGAGUUCUUUGAAACCCCCAUCAAGUCACGGAUCACGGCUGACUUCCGCGUGGAUGUGUACGACUGGGAUUUCGGCGAUAAGGCGGAUUAUCUAGGCGGUACCCCCAUCGAUCUUCAAAUGUUGACGCCCUUCCAAAACAAGGAAGUUUCGAUCCCGCUUGAUGGCAAGUCGGGUGCAAUCCGUCUGAAGAUGCUGUUCAAGCCGACCUAUGUUAUGCGGUCACGACAAGGCUCUUCGACCUUCUCCGGUACCUUUGCUACGCCCGGAAAGAUUGUCGGAGCACCCGUCAAGGGUGUUGGAUUCGUUGGUGGUAAUGUCAUCAAGGGUGCUUCCUUCUUGAAGCGCGGUAUCACAUCGCGAUUCCGCGGAGAUGACUCCUCGAGCACUCACGAGGUCGCAGAAGAGCCAGAAGAGGUAACCCAGCCUGAGGCACCCGCUGUUUUAGUCGAGGGAAGUGCCCCGCCUAGCUCUACUCCAAGUAAUAACCUGCAACACUCGCGCACUCGGAGUGUGGCUUCGCAUUACGGGGAUAGACUUGGUCUCACUGGUAAGGGAGAAACGGGAACAGCUACGAUUACCGUAGUCUCUGCUACCGAUUUUCCCCCGUCAGCGAACGUGCGUGUAUUUGUGAAAGCUAUUAGCCCUAAGGGGCCUAAAGAGGUGCUCAAGAGUAAGGCUCACAAAGCUAGUGGCGGUAUUGUGCAAUUUGAUUCUUCGCACGAGACCUGCCGUGUGCACAACACAACGGCCGAUGCGCAGUAUCAAAUCCGGGUAGUUGACCAUGCUACAUUUGGCUCGGAUGAUGUUCUCGGCGAGGCACCAUUCUUCGUCGAUGACCAAGGCUCCGUGGCUGGACAGGAGAAGGUGAUCAAGGUUGGCAGUGGUACAGUUGCUAUUCGUAGCAGCUUCUCGGGUUCUGAAUCCACCCUCCGACCCGGCACUGCUCAUUCGAACGGUGGAGAUGCAGCAUCUGACGUAAUGGACAGCCCAGACUCGAAGAAGCCUGGCCGACGCAGCUUUCUUAGUAAGAGGAGCGUUAGCGGAGCCUAAAUGGCUUUCGUACUUAGUCGGAAGCGUUCAUGAGGAGUGUUGUGUCCUUCUGCGCUUCCCUAUGUAUUUGUGUUCUUGAUGCCUUUAUGAUAUUGUUCCCCCCUCCCCCCUAUUAUUGUUACUGUUAUUGGCCGUUGGCCACAGUAUGAUGUGAUAUCCUUAGUGUACUGGUUGGCUACUAG